AUGAAGUCAGUCUUCCUCCUCGCUGGACUCCUGUCCACUGCCUUUGCCUCUGCCAUCGAGAAGCGAUCCGAUGCCGAACCCAUCAGCGGUGGAAAGGGCGGGCCAAUUCUAGACACCAUCUCACAAUAUACAGGCGGAACCAACAAAGCCAUCGACGCCCAAAACCCCGAUGGUCUCCGCACCCAAAGCACCGAUAAUGGCUUUGUGCCCAACCUCAAGUGGAGUUUCUCUGACUCGCAGACGAAGCUUUUCCCCGGUGGUUGGAGCCGAGAGCAGGUCAUUCAGGAUCUUCCCCAGAGCCAUGAUAUUUCUGGUGCGCAGCAGCAUUUGAAGAAGGGUGCUACUCGUGAGCUGCACUGGCAUCGUGUGGCUGAAUGGGGCUUCGUCUAUAACGGCUCUCUCCUUCUUACUGGCGUUGACGAGAACGGUGGCUUCACUACCGAGAAGCUCGAAACGGGUGAUAUCUGGUACUUUCCCAAGGGCGUCGCUCAUAACGUUCAAGGAUUGGAAGAGGAGAAUGAAUAUCUCCUUGUCUUCGACGAUGGCGACUUUGAAAAGAUCGGAACAACCUUCAUGGUCGACGACUGGAUUGCCCACACACCGAAGGACAUUCUUGCAAAGAACUUUGGCGUCAGUCCCUCUGUCUUUGACAAGGUGCCUCCCAAGUUCCCAUACAUUCUCAAUGGCACCGUCAGUGAGGAUUUGAAAAAGGCACCCGAGGGAAAUCUCAAGGGCAACAGCUCGUAUGUCUACCAUACAUACAAGCAUCAGCCUGAGCCUGUUCCCGGAAAUGGUGGUGUGUUCCGCAAGAUUGACUCUACCAAUUUCCCUAUUUCCAAGACUAUCGCUGCUACAGUUGUGGAGCUUGAACCAAAGGGCUUGCGAGAGUUGCAUUGGCAUCCCAAUGCCGAGGAAUGGCUGUACUUCCACCAAGGCACCGGCCGCGCCACCAUCUUCAUCGGAGAUUCGAAGGCUCGUACCUUUGACUUUAGAGGCGGUGAUACUGCAGUCUUCCCUGAUAAUGCCGGUCACUAUAUUGAGAAUACUUCUGAAACAGAGAAGCUGGUGUGGAUCGAGAUCUAUCGCAGUGACCGCGUCGCCGAUAUCUCGCUGGCUCAAUGGCUUGCUCUCACUCCUGCCGAUACCGUGGCUAAUGUGCUCAAGAUUGAUAUCGAGGUUGUCAAACAAAUCAAGAAGGAGAAGCAGGUCCUUAUCCAGGGCAAGAAGGCUUAA